AGAUGGUGAUAGCCGUACUUUGAUCCACUCUUGGAUGUCUUCUCCAUGCCCUCUGGCCCUCAACCAUCUUUGUCUGCUUGGUAUGUGCCCAUCCACAGUCCCAUGACCACUCCUGGUCUAAAUAUAAAUAACCAGGCAGGGUGUUCCAUCACUAAGGUCACAUUACGUCAUCCAAGCUGAACUAUUCUCAAUCAUGAAGCCCUCGGGAACGCGUCAAGAGCUUUAUGGUUCAAACAAAAAAGCUGUCAGUGCUGGGUUGGGAAUGAUCAGUAAAAGUGAGUUGUUGGCGGAGGGGCCUUGGCUGGAGUAGAACUCUGCUUGAGAGGUGGACGAUACAGGAUUUAAGCUGGCGGAGAAAGCAAACAGUGGUCCUACACAUCUUCUAAACAUUUCCAGAGUGAUUUCAGAAACAUGGGUAAUGGAAUAAACAAGGUCCUGCCUGAUCUGUACCUGGGAAAUAUCAAAGAUGCACGAGACAGGGAGCUGUUGGCAACGCACAACAUCACCCACAUCCUGUCCAUCCAUGACACAGCUGCACCCGUCCUGCAGGAGAUGACAUACCUUUGUAUAUCUGCUGCUGACAGCUCUAAGCAAAACCUAGUUCAAUACUUCAGAGACAGCAUCAUGUUCAUCCAUGAAUCUCGAAUGAAAGGAGAAGGCUGCCUCGUCCACUGUGUGGCUGGGGUGUCUCGUAGCGUGACGCUGGUGGUGGCCUACAUCAUGACUGUGACAGGUCGAGGCUGGGUGGAGUCUCUGGCGGCGGUGAGAGCAGCCAGGCCGUGUGCAGGACCAAACCUGGGCUUCCUGAGGCAGCUGGAGGAGUUUGAAAACACUGAGCUGACAGAAUAUCGGGUCUGGUGGCAGGACCGCUACGGGAAGAACUCCUUCAAUGACAACGAGGAGGUCGAGGCUCUUUUGACUCAAAAAUUUCACAGCAGCGGUGGCAGCAGCGAUGCCAUGGCAACCAGCAUCACUCCACGGCUGGCCACCUGAGAUUUCUUCAUAUCUAACACGGGCUGCAGAGGACUCAGUUUGGGGUUUCUUCACGGACCAUUAAACCCACGAGCUGUUUAAAAACGUCAUCAAUCCUGCAUUUAUCUCAUCAAAAAUUCAGGAGUGAUGCAAGUUGAAUAAGUUAGGAGGUCAUGUGAACGGGGAUUUUCAACAUGUCAAUAUCGCGAGUCCCCUUCGAACAUCAUGUCCCUAUUUGUAACUGUCAAAACAACAUGCAAGGGCAGUCAAGCAUAAGAUCAAGGAAAUAUGUAGUUGCACUAAGCACUGUGAAGCCACAUUCACACAGCAUCUCACCACUGAGUUACGUUAUGCUGUGUUUUAUACUUAUAUUAUGAGUAUUACUUCAUAAAUUUACACUGCGAAAGCUCAAGAUUACAUUACCUGGUAGUGAAAGAGUACAUUAGCUGUAUUUUUAUUUAUUGUUGUAGUAUUUCUAAUAAAUAAAAUGUGAAUGGUCUAAAGAAUUUCUUCAGUUUUGCAUCCCUUGUGUGUUUUAAAGGCAGGUUAAUGCGUUUUCCAGCUAAUCUAAGAGGGUUUUUAUGUAUUUUCCCUCUACAUUUCACCUUUCCUAAGUGACUUAUCACCAUUUAUUAGA